AUGUCAGAACCAUGCUUGACACAGUUCACGGCAACCCGACCUGAACGUCGCCCAGCGCUGAUAGCACGUGGACUGUCCAGGUUAAAUGUUGACAUUGCUGCCCUUAGCGAGACCCGCUUCCCUGGCGAAGGCAGCCUCCAGGAGCAUGGCGCCAGAUACAUACUCUUCUGGUCGGGGAAACCUGCACCAGAGAGGCGUCUUUCAGGCAUCGGUUUCAUGAUCAGCACCUCCAUCGCUGCCAGGUUGGAAAAUCUGCCAACCGGUCAUUCCGACCGCAUCAUGUCUAUGCACCUCCCUCUGAAAAACAACCAGAAGAACAAAGACUGCUUCGAUGAGAACAACCAAAAGAUUCAGAAACUGCUGGCGAAGAAGAGAUCAGCCCACCAUUCCCAUCUGGGUCAGCCAUCAUGUUCUGUGAGGAGGGCUGCCUUCUGUCUCAUUUGCAGCAAGCUUCGAGAGAUCCAAAAUGAGUGGUGGACCAUCAUCGGAGAGAGAAAUCAGCUAUUUACAGAUCUCAGUGACUACAUAGGCUUCUACGAAGCCCUCACGGAAGUGUAUGGCCCGAGUCACCGGGUCCAGAGUCCCUUGCGUAGUGCGGAUGGACGGGUGCUUUUCACAGACAAGGAAUCUAUCCUGAGCCGUUGGUCUGGGUACUUCCAGGCUCUCUUCAGCGCUGACCAUGUCGUACAGGACCCGGGAGUUCUCCGCAUCUCCACCAACAAGGCAAAGCAGAAUUGGAUCAACUACCCUCUGUAG